CUUGAGUGUGAUUCCCAUCUUUCCCACAGGCACUGAUGGAUGAGAUCCUCAUGCUCCAAGAUGAGAUCAGCGAGCUGCAGGCAUCCCUCGCAGAGGAGCUGGUGUCGGAGUCCCCGGAGUCUGACCCCGGGGAGCAACUGGCCUUGCAGUCCACGCUCACCGUCUUGGCGGAGCGCAUGUCUACCAUCAAGAUGAAGGCGUCAGGGAAACGACAGCUUUUGGAGGAGAAGUUAAAUGAUCAGCUGGAGGAACAGAGGCAGGAACAGGCCCUGCAGAGGUACCGCUCUGAAGUCGACAAGCUGGACCACUGGCUCUUAAGCACUAAGGCCACUCUGGACGUCGCGCUGGGCACCUCCACGGAGCCCAUGGACAUGGAGGCCCAGCUGGUGGACUGCCAGAACAUGCUGGUGGAAAUCGAGCAGAAGGUGGCGGCCCUGUCGGAGCUCUCUGUCCACAAUGACAACCUGCUGCUGGAGGGCAAGGCCCACACGAAGGACGAGGCCGAGCAACUGGCCAUGAAGCUGAGGACCCUGAAGGGGAGUCUCCUGGAGCUUCAGAGAGCCCUGCACGACAAGCAGCUGAACAUCCAGGGAGCAGCGCAAGAGAAGGAGGAUAGCGACGGUGACCCAGCUGCCACCCAGAGGCCCGGUGUCCAGGACUGGCUGGCCCAAGCUCGCUCCACAUGGGCCCUCCAGCGACAGAGCAGCCUCCAGCAACAAAAAGAGUUGGAGCAGGAGUUGGCAGAGCAGAAGAGCCUUCUCCGGUCAGUAGCCAGCCGUGGAGAGGAGAUCCUCACCCAGCACUCGGCGGCAGACACCUCUGGUGGUGCUGGUGAAAAACCUGCUGUGUCAUCCCAGGAGUUGGGGAUGGAAGGAGAGCAGGCCCCGGCGGAAGGCCAGAUGCGGGUGAAGUGGGAGAGCCUCCAGCAGGAAGUCAGUGCCAAGCAGCGGCUGCUGCGGGACGCCCUGGCGCAGGAACAGGAGCAAGUGCUUUUCAGCAGGCCAAACCGGCUCCUGGCUGGCGUGCCCCUGUACAAAGGAGACGGGCUGGCCCACGAUAAAUCGGCAGUGACGUCCUUGCUCGAUGGGUUGAACCAGGCCUUGGAGGAGGUCUCAUCCCAGGGCGGAGGGACAAAGAGGCAGAACAUUCACUUGGAGCAGAAGUUAUAUGAUGGAGUCUCGGCGACCUCUACGUGGCUGGAUGAUGUUGAAGAGCGUUUACUUUUUGCCACGGCCCUCACACCAGAGGAAACUGAGAUUUGCCUCUUCAGCCAAGAGACUCUUGCCAAAGAUAUUAAGGAAAUGUCUGAAGAGAUGGAUAGGAACAAGAACUUGUUUUCCCAAGCAUUUCCGGAGAACAGUGAUCACCGCGAUGUUAUUGAAGACACUUUGGGGUGUCUUUUGGGGCGGUUGUCCUUGUUAGACUCAGUAGUAAAUCAACGAUGUCAUCAGAUGAAGGAAAGACUUCAGCAAAUACUAAAUUUCCAGAACGAUCUGAAGGUGCUGUGUACGUCGCUGGCUGACAGCAAAUACAUGCUUCUGCAGAAACUGGCCAAUGUGUUUGAACAGCCCGUGGCGGAGCAAAUAGAGGCAAUACAGCAGGCUGAAGAUGGGCUGAAGGAAUUGGAUGCAGGAAUCGCUGAAUUAAAAAAGCGUGGUGACAAGUUGCAGAUUGAGCAGCCUGCCCUGCAAGAACUCUCCAAACUCCAGGACAUGUAUGACGAACUGAUGAUGACCAUCGGCUCUCGGCGGAGUGGACUGAACCAGAACCUAGCACUCAAGAGCCAGUACGAAAGGGCCCUGCAAGAUCUGGCCGACCUGCUGGAAACUGGACAAGAGAAGAUGGCCGGCGACCAGAAACUGAUCGUGUCUUCCAAAGAGGAAGUCCAACAGCUCCUUGACAAACAUAAGGAAUACUUCCAGGGUCUGGAAUCUCACAUGAUUUUGACGGAAACGCUCUUCAGAAAGAUAAUCAGCUUUGCAGUCCUGCAGGAAACUCAACUGCAUGCAGAAGUGAUGGCGCAGGCUUCCGCGGUCCUGAAAGGGGCUCACAAAAGGGGCGUGGAGCUGGAGUACAUUCUAGAGACGUGGUCCCAUCUGGAUGAGGACCAGCAGGAGCUCCACGGGCAGCUGGAGGUGGUAGAGAGCAGCAUCCCCAGCGUGGGGCUGGUGGAGGAGAGCGAGGACAGGCUCGUGGACCGGAUCACACUCUACCAGCAUUUGAAAUCCAGCCUUAAUGAAUACCAGCCCAAAUUAUAUCAGGUGUUAGAUGAUGGGAAGCGCCUUCUGAUAUCCAUUAGCUGCUCCGAUCUGGAGAGCCAGCUGAACCAGCUCGGAGAACACUGGCUGAAUAGUACCAACAAAGUGUCUAAGGAGCUUCACAGAUUGGAAACGAUAUUGAAACACUGGACCAGAUAUCAAAGUGAGUCUGCGGCUCUAACGCACUGGUUACAGUCCGCAAAAGACAGGCUGGAAUUCUGGACUCAGCAAUCUGUGACCGUCCCCCAAGAACUGGAGAUGGUCCGUGAUCAUCUGAACGCUUUCCUGGAGUUUUCCAAAGAAGUGGAUGCCCAAUCCUCCCUGAAAUCGUCUGUUCUAAGCACCGGGAACCAGCUCCUUCGCCUAAAGAAAGUGGACACGGCCGCCCUGCGUUCCGAGCUGUCGCACAUAGACGGCCAGUGGACGGACCUGCUGACAAAUAUUCCGACGGUCCAGGAAAAGCUCCACCAGCUCCAAAUGGAUAAGCUGCCCUCGCGCCAUGCCAUCUCGGAAGUCAUGACUUGGAUCUCUCUCAUGGAGAAUGUCAUUCAAAAGGAUGAAGAGGAUAUAAAAAAUGCCAUAGGCUACAAGGCGUUCAAUGAGUACCUUCAGAAAUAUAAGGGCUUUCAGAUAGACAUUAACUGUAAGCAGCUGACAGUGGACUUUGUGAACCAGUCUGUGCUGCAGAUCAGCACCCAGGACGUGGAGAGCAAGCGCAGUGAUAAGACUGACUUUGCGGAGCAACUCGGAGCAAUGAAUAAAAGCUGGCAGAUCCUGCAGGGCCUCGUCGCUGAGAAGAUCCAGCUGUUGGAAGGCUUAUUGGAAUCGUGGUCAGAAUAUGAAAACAAUGUACAAGGUAUGAAAACUUGGUUUGAAACCCAGGAAAAGAGACUACAACAACAGCAUCGAGUCGGAGACCAGGCUUCAGUCCAGAACGCAAUGAAAGACUGUCAGGAUCUAGAAGAUUUGAUUAAAGCCAAAGAAAAAGAGGUGGAGAAGAUUGAACAGAGUGGACUUGCUUUGAUUCAGGACAAGAAAGAAGAAGUGUCUGGUGCUGUCGUGAGCACGCUGCGGGAGCUCAGGCAAACCUGGGCGCAUUUAGACCACAUGGCUGGGCAGUUAAAGGUACUGCUGAGGUCCGUGCAUGACCAGUGGAGCCAGCACAAGGCGGCCUCCGAUGAGAUCAACAGCGGCCUCCUGGAGGCCAGGUACUCCCUCUCCCGCUUCCGCCUGCUGGUCGGCUCCGUGGAAGCUGUGCAAGUGCAGGUAGACAACCUUCAGAAUCUUCAAGAUGAUCUAGAGAAACAGGAAAAGAGCUUACAGAAAUUUGACUCUGUCACCAACCAGCUGAUAAGACAGUGUCACCCACCUGUGACAGAAACUCUCACCAGCACCUUAAAGGAAGUCACCAUGAGAUGGAACAACUUGCUGGAGGAGGUGGCGGAGCAGCUGCAGGCCAGCAGGGCCCUCCUGCAGCUGUGGCGGCGGCACCGGGACUACUCGGCGCAGUGCGCCUCGGCGGUCCAGCAGCAGGCGGGCCGCACCCAGGAGCUGCUGAAGGCAGUCGCCAGCAGGGACAUCGCCGAUGACGAAGUGGCUACGUGGGUUCACGAUUGCAGUGACCUCCUCAGAGGUCUGGGCACCGUUAAGGAUUCCCUGUUUGUUCUCCAUGAGCUGGGGGAGCAACUCAAGCAGCAGGUGGAUGCUUCCGCAGCAGCAGCCAUUCACUCGGACCAGCUGUCUCUGAGUCAACACUUGUGUGCCCUGGAGCAGGCUCUUUGCAAACAGCAGGCCGUGUUACAGGCUGGAGUUCUUGACUAUGAAACCUUUACCAAGAGUUUAGAAGCUUUGGAGGCCUGGAUAGUAGAAGCUGAAGAAAUACUUCAAGGGCAGGACCCCAGCCACUCAUCUGACCUCUCGACCAUCCAGGAGAGGAUGGAAGAACUGAAGGGACAGAUGUUAAAAUUCAGCAGCAUGGCCCCAGAUUUAGACCGUCUGAAUGAGCUUGGCUACAGGCUACCCCUGAAUGACAAGGAAAUCAAAAGGAUGCAGAGUCUGAACCGGCACUGGUCUCUCAUCUCCUCUCAGACCACAGAGAGAUUCAGUAAGUUGCAGUCAUUUUUGCUACAACAUCAGACUUUCUUGGAAAAGUGCGAAACAUGGAUGGAAUUCCUGGUUCAGACGGAGCAAAAAUUAGCCGUCGAGAUUUCAGGCAAUUAUCAGCAUCUUCUGGAGCAGCAGAGGGCCCAUGAGUUGUUUCAAGCAGAGAUGUUCAGUCGUCAACAGGUUUUGCACUCGAUCAUUACUGAUGGGCAGCGUCUUCUGGAACAAGGUCAAGUUGAUGACAGGGACGAGUUCAACCUGAAACUGACCCUCCUCAGUCAUCAGUGGCAGGGAGUGAUCCGCAGGGCCCAGCAAAGGAGAGGCAUCAUCGACAGCCAGAUCCGCCAGUGGCAGCGCUACAGGGAGAUGGCAGAGAAGCUCCGCAAGUGGCUGGUUGAGGUGUCCUACCUGCCCGUGAGCGGUCUUGGGAGCGUCCCCAUACCACUGCAGCAAGCGCGGACCCUCUUCGAUGACGUGCAGUUCAAAGAGAAAGUGUUCCUGCGACAACAGGGCAGCUACAUCCUGACCAUGGAGGCGGGCAAGCAGCUGCUGCUCUCUGCCGACAGCGGGGCCCAGGCCGCCUUGCAGGCCGAGCUCACGGAAAUCCAGGAGAAGUGGAAAGCCGCCAGCGUGCGUCUGGAGGAGCAGAAGAAAAAGCUGGCCUUCUUGUUGAAAGACUGGGAGAAGUGUGAGAGUGGAAUAGCUGAGUCUCUGGAGAAACUGCGAACUUUCAAAAAGAAGCUUUCCCUGCCUCUGCCGGACCACCAGGACGAGCUCAUUGCAGAACAGAUGCGCUGCAAGGAAUUGGAAACUGCAGUGGGCAGCUGGACAGAUGACUUGGCACAGUUGACGUUACUGAAGGACACCCUCUGUGCCUACAUCAGCGCUGAUGACGUGUCCAUGCUGAACGAACGCGGGGAGCUUCUGCAGAGGCAGUGGGAAGAACUGUGCCGCCAGCUCUCCCUACGGCGGCAGCAGGUCAGCGAGAGGCUGAAUGAAUGGGCGGUCUUCAGUGAGAAGAACAAGGAGCUGUGCGAAUGGCUGACGCAGAUGGAGAGCAAAGUUUCCCAGAAUGGAGACAUCCUCAUUGAGGAAAUGAUCGAGAAGCUCAAGAAGGAUUAUCAGGAGGAAAUUGCUGUUGCCCAAGAGAACAAAAUACAGCUCCAACGAAUGGGAGAGCGACUCGCUAGAGCCAGCCACGAGAGCAAGGCCUCGGAGAUCGAAUACAAGCUGGGCAAGGUCAACGACCGGUGGCAGCAUCUCCUGGACCUCAUGGCAGCCAGGAUCAAGAAGCUGAAGGAGACGCUGGUGGCGGUCCAGCAGCUGGAUAAGAACAUGAGCAGCCUGAGGACCUGGCUGGCUCACAUUGAGUCAGAGCUGGCCAAGCCCAUCGUCUAUGAUUCCUGCAACUCGGAAGAAAUACAGAAGAAGCUCCAGGAGCAGCAGGACCUUCAGAGAGACAUAGAGAAGCACAGCACGGGCGUGGCUUCCGUCCUCAACCUGUGUGAGGUCCUGCUGCAUGACUGCGACGCGUGUGCCACCGACGCCGAGUGUGACUCCAUCCAGCAGGCCACGCGGAAUCUGGACCGGCGAUGGCGAAAUAUCUGUGCCAUGUCCAUGGAAAGAAGGCUCAAAAUUGAAGAGACAUGGCAGUUGUGGCAGAAGUUUCUGGAUGACUAUUCGCGUUUUGAAGAUUGGCUCAAGACUUCCGAAAGGACAGCCGCCUUCCCCAGCUCUUCCGGGGUCCUCUAUACAGUUGCCAAGGAAGAACUGAAGAAAUUCGAGGCUUUCCAGCGACAGGUGCACGAGAGCCUGACCCAACUGGAGCUGAUCAACAAGCAGUACCGCCGCCUGGCCAGAGAGAACCGCACCGACUCCGCCUGCAGCCUAAAGCAGAUGGUCCACGAAGGCAACCAGCGAUGGGACAACCUGCAGAAGCGCGUCAGCUCCAUCUUGCGCAGACUCAAGCAUUUCAUUGGCCAGCGUGAGGAGUUUGAGACAGCACGGGACAGCAUUCUGGUGUGGCUGACGGAGAUGGAUUUACAGCUCACUAAUAUUGAGCAUUUUUCCGAGUGUGAUGUUCACGCUAAAAUAAAGCAGCUCAAGGCCUUCCAGCAGGAAAUUUCACUGAACCACAGCAAGAUCGAGCAGAUCAUUGCCCAAGGAGAGCAGCUGAUUGAGAAGAGCGAGCCCUUGGAUGCGGCGAUCAUCGAGGAGGAGCUGGACGAGCUGCGGCGCUACUGUCAGGAGGUCUUCGGGCGCGUGGAGAGAUACCACAAGAAGCUGAUCCGCCUGCCUCUCCCAGACGAUGAGCACGACCUCUCUGACCGGGAGCUGGAGCUGGAGGACUCGGCAGCUCUCUCAGACCUCCGCUGGCAUGACACCUCCGCGGACAGCGUGCUGUCCCCCCAGCCUUCCUCCAACCCCUCCCUCUCCCUCGCCCAGCCCCUCCGGAGCGAGCGGUCAGGACGAGACACCCCUGCCAGUGUGGACUCCAUCCCCCUGGAGUGGGACCAUGACUAUGACCUCAGUCGUGACCUGGAGUCUGCCGUGUCCAGAACUCUGCCCUCUGAGGAUGAAGAGGGUCAGGAAGACAAAGAUUUCUACCUCAGAGGAGCUGUUGGCUUAUCAGAUGUCAUGAUCCCCGAAAGCCCCGAGGCCUAUGUAAAACUCACAGAAAGUGCCAUCAGAAAUACCUCUGGGGAUCCCAGUGCCUUAGAGUCACAGAUCCGACAACUGGGCAAAGCCUUGGACGACAGCCGCCUUCGGAUGAAGCAAACAGAAGAUAUCAUCCGCAGCAAAACUCCCACAGGACCAGAGCUGGACGCCAGCUACCGUGGCUACAUGAAACUGCUGGCGGAGUGCAGCGGCAGCAUCGACUCGGUGAGGAGGCUGGAGCACCAGCUGAAGGAGGAAGAGGAGAACUUCCCCGGCUUCGUGAACCUGAACAGCACUGAAGCCCAGACGGCCGGUGUGAUUGACCGGUGGGAGCUCAUCCAGGCGCAGGCCCUGAGCAAGGAGCUGCGGAUGAAACAGAACCUCCAGAAGUGGCAGCAGUUCGGCUCCGACCUGAACAACAUCUUGACCUGGCUGGGGGCGACGGAGGAGGAGCUGGAGCGGCUCCGGCGCCUGGAGCUCAGCACCGACAUCCAGUCCAUUGAGCUGCAAAUCAAAAAGCUCAAGGAGCUGCAGAAAGCCGUGGAUCACCGCAAAGCCAUCAUCCUCUCCAUCAACCUGUGCAGCUCCGAGUUCACGCAGACGGGCGGCGAGGAGAGCCAGGCCCUGCAGGACCGCCUGUCCCAGAUGAACGCGCGCUGGGACCGGGUGUGCUCCCUGCUGGAGGAGUGGCGGGGCCUGCUCCAGGGCGCGCUGAUGCAGUGUCAGGAUUUCCAUGAGAUGAGCCAUGGCUUGCUUCUCAUGCUGGAGAACAUCGAUAGGAGGAAAAAUGAAAUUGUUCCUAUUGAUUCUCACCUCGAUGCAGAAAUACUGCAGGACCAGCACAAGCAGCUUACGCAAAUAAGGCAGGAGCUUUUGGAAUCCCAGCUCAAAGUGGCCUCGCUGCAAGACAUGUCUUGCCAGCUAUUGGUGAACGCUGAAGGAACAGACUGCUUAGAAGCCAAAGAAAAGGUCCAUGUGAUUGGAAACCGGCUCAAACUGCUCUUGAAGGAGGUCGGUCGUCACCUCAAGGAGCUGGAGAAGUUACUGGACAUGUCGAGCAGUCAGCAGGAUCUGUCCUCCUGGUCUUCUGCUGAUGAACUGGACACCUCGGGAUCUCUGAGUCCGACGUCAGGGAGAAGCACCCCAAACAGACAGAGAACGCCACGAGGCAAAUGUAGUCUCUCACAGCCUGGACCCUCUGUCAACAGUCCACAUAGCAGGUCCAUAAAAGGUGGCUCCGAUUCCUCCCUUUCUGAGCCUCAGCCAGCUCGGUCGGGCCGAGGUUUCCUGUACAGAGUGCUCAGAGCGGCCCUUCCCCUUCAGCUGCUCCUGCUGCUCCUCAUCGGGCUCGCCUGCCUGGUACCAAUGUCCGAGGAAGACUACAGCUGUGCCCUCUCCAACAAUUUCGCCCGAUCAUUCCAUCCCAUGCUCAGAUAUACGAAUGGCCCUCCUCCCCUCUGAAGCAAGCAGAUGCCAUCUGCAGCGGUGCUGGCCGUGUAAGGAGGGUUUAGCCCAAAGCCAACCCAAACUAGCAAAAGGAGCACCUGAAUGCUGGUGAAGGCCUUCGGAGUGGUGGCAUUAGCCAUGUGUCCAAAUCAUGGCUUCGGAGGUGGAUGAUCAGCAAUGACAGAAGGAGAGCAAAUAGAAGAAGGUGUGGAAGAAAUGUUGUUUGAAACUCUGAGCCUCAGUACUAAAGAGAUGAAGUACCUCCAAUGUCCCCUGGAUGCCUGUGUCCUUGGCCUUUGGCCCAGUCUAUGCACACCCAGGACUGUAGCACACCAUCUGGGCACGUUUCCCACCAUGUGCCCCAUCCAUUCAUUAAAUGGCGCCACCUGAGCGCCACAUUGGUAUCGAACGGUCUACCAACCAACCAGUGCUGAGCCUUGUAACAUACAAUUUUGAAGAGCUCAUCUGGCAGCUUUCUUUUUGCCUGGUUUUUCUUUGGGGCAUGAUAUUUUAACCUUUGCUUUAGAAGCACAAGCUGUAAAUCUAAAAGGCACUUUUUUAAACAGUAUAAAGAAAAACUGGAUGUAAUAAAUAAAAUCAUGGAAGGAUUUAUGUGAAAAAAAGUUGAAUGUUAUAGUAAAAAAAAAGAUAUUUAUGUAUGUACAGUUUGCUAAAGCCAAGUUUUGUUUGUAUUGAUUUCUUUGCAUUUAUUAUAGAUACUAUAAAAUA